UUACAACUUUCUUAUAGUUGAGGGACCGUAAUGUUAAUUCGUGCUUCUUUCUUUAGUUCAUCUGUUCCUCUAUACUAUUUUGAACCUGAACGAGAAAAUAAAGCCGAAAAUUCUUGACGACGCGAAAAUCCAAAUUCAAUGGAGUCUUGCCCUUCUGUAAAGAACAUUUUACUUCUUGAUUCAGAAGGAGAUCGAGUAGCUGUUAAGUACUAUUCAGAUGAUUGGCCAACUAACAACGCUAAAGAAGCAUUUGAAAAGUCUAUUUUCACCAAAACUCAGAAAACCAAUGCACGAACAGAAGCUGAGAUAGCAAUGCUUGAGAACAAUGUUGUGGUCUACAAAUUUGCUCAGGAUCUUCACUUCUUUGUCACUGGUGGUGAUGAUGAAAACGAGCUCAUUUUAUCAACUGUUCUUCAGGGUUUUUUUGAUGCAGUUUCUCUUCUGCUUAGGGGAAAUGUGGAUAAAAAGGAAGCACUUGAAAAUUUAGAUCUCAUUUUCUUGUGCCUUGAUGAAAUUAUCGAUGGAGGAAUCAUUCUUGAAACCGAUGCAAAUGUUAUUGCUGGAAAGGUUGCUAGCGAUAGUGUAGAUUCUGGAGCUCCUUUGUCUGAACAGACAAUAAGUCAAGCAUUGGCAACUGCACGUGAACAUUUUACACGAUCUCUCCUCAGUGGAUAAGGAUGCUGAUUGGAGUAAAAAGUUGCCCAAUCAUGAUUUGAAAUUGGAUUCUUAUGCUAUUAGGGCAUAUACAUCAGAUACAAUUCUACAAGUGUAAUGAUAUUGUAGGUGAUUUUGUUGUUGACAUGUUAAAUAUUUCACAGUGGCUUCUUGAAAAAUUAGUCAUCAAUUGGGUGGUUAUAAUUAUUUGACAAAAUUGCAAAAAUGGUCCCUGUGGUAUGCAUUUUUU